CUUUCCCAAUUUUCAUCAGAGACAGUCGUCACUUUCCUCACCACCUAUGGACCCCAAACCCCCAUCUUCACCUGAAACUAUGUCUCAAUCACAGUCCCAGAACCCUUCUUCAUACCCUUGCAAUUCAAUCGACACUACCCACCCCUCACCUAACACCCCCACCCGCACCCCCAACCUUACCACAACUACCAUGCAUGACCAGAUACACAAUCGAGCCAUGGACAACUUCAGAGCUCUGGUCAUGCAGUUCGCCACCGCUUCUAACCCAACCAAACCACUCUCUCCAGCCCUCACCUCCCUCAUCGAAGAACGCCUCAACCACUUCUUCCCCAACCUUCACAUUCCCAAUCAUCCCCCUUACCCUGCGAUGAUAAAGACAGCAAUUGGGCAGUUGAAUGAGGAAGGGGGUUCUAGUGAGGAGGCAAUAUCAGAGCUCAUUCAAAAAGAGUAUAAUGAUUUGCCGUGGGCUCAUGUUACUUUACUCAGGCAUCAUUUGGGGAAGCUUUGUGAGAGUGGUGGUGUUGUUGUCACUUCUGAUAAGUGCUUUUUGCUUCGUGAUGCAAUCACUAGCUCUAUCCCCAGCCCUAGCUCGGAUUCUAGCUUUAAUAGUAGCGAUAGCCUUGACUAUAACCCUAGCAUUAGUUCUAGCCAUAGCUCUAGUCCUAGUCCCAGCUUUAGUCCUAACCAUGAAAGGAAGCGGAGGCGGGAGCAGGGGAGGGGACGCGGUAGGCCGCGCAAGAAAAAUGUGAGAGGAGGAAAAAUUCAGAUGAAGCAGAGGCAGGAGGAGGGGAGGGGACGGGGUAGGCCACCCAAGAGAAAUAUGAGAGGAGGAAAAAUUCAGCUGAUGCAGAGGCGGGGGCAGGGGAGGGGACGGGGUAGGCCGCGCAAGAAUUAUGCGAGAGAAGAAGAUAUUCACUUUAAUGAUGAGCAAAUGGAAGUGGCUCAAAUAGAAGAUCAAGUAGAGCUAAUUGAAGUGAUUGUAGAAGAAAAUCAAGAUGGGGUGAUUGUGGAACAGAGCCAACCGAAGGAAAUGAAAGCUGAAUUGAUUGAAGAACAAAAUCAAGCACAAGGACAGCAUGAAGGCAUAGAGAAACAAAAUAAAACGCAAUGGACUCGAGCAUGUAAAAGUGAAUCACCAGAACAAGAAGAUAUCUUAAACAAAGAAUGGAAUGAACGACAGAGACUAGUACUCACAGAACAACAGAAUCUAUCUGCGGAACAAGAGGAUGAUAUGGAUGAAGAUCAAAAUCAACAGAAAAAAUAUGCUGAAGUGUCUGAAGAGCAAAAUAAGCCAUUAAAACAGCAAAAUGGAGUUACUUGUAAACAAGAUCAGCAACAGGAACACAAAGUUGAAGUAACUGAGCAUGCUGGACAACACGAACAAAGUGAAACGUCUGAAAAGAAAGAUCAACAGGAAGAGAAACAAAGCAAUUCGAUUCAAGUGAAAAAUCCAUUAGGAAACCCUGAUGAGUUCAGGACAGAGGCACUCCAAUCAUUUGAUGAUGGUGCGAACAGCAUUCGUGAUAACCUGAUGGUUCUGUCCAAUGAAUCGCCUGGGUCAAUAAUGCAAGAAGGGAACAAAGUGGAGACGAAAGGGGAGCAGCAUACAGAACGUCCAUGUGGAGAAUGGAAAAUGUUUGAUAUUUGUGGUAGGCAGGCAAAACAACCACAACAACCAGAGCUUCCAAGUAGAGAAAGUUAUCCAGAAAUGAAACCAAUGGAAGGACUGUCUUGGGCACAAGAAGAGGUAGAGCUUCACCAUCCACCGAAGCCAGAGAGUCGGCCAUGA